GGAGACCUCUGUCUACCUAAACGUCUGCUUGUCAUCCGCGCGACCUGCACCCAGCCUUUCGUCUCAACCACCUACAUUCGAGUCUCUGAACCUCCCACUACACGCCCGAUUAACCGAUAUCGAUACCAAACUUCCGCAGAUGGCUCUGAUCAACGGUGACGUGCCGCGAUGGGUGGUCGAUCUGCAAGCCCCUCCGGCCGCGAAGUCUAAGGUCCCGGGCGUCUCCGACCCGCCAGGCUACCCGGUGCAAACAUCCAGCUCUAAGAAACAGAAGGACCAGAAGAUUCAGCCGCGCAAGCAACAGACACCAGAGGAGAUGGAUACCCUAAAGGUCAAGAAGGCUUGGGAAGUGGCGCUCGCACCCGUCAAGAACCUGCCCAUGACAGCCAUCAUGAUGUACAUGUCCGGCAACUCUCUCCAGAUCUUCAGUAUCAUGAUGGUCGUGAUGGCGUUCAAGAACCCGCUCGUGGGCCUGACCGCCGUCAACCAGGCGUUUGAGAGAUUCGAGUCGGAAACGAACAAGGGCAAGAUGCUACAGGUCAAGGUGGCAUACAUCGCCAUGCAAUUCGUGGCACUGGCUUUGGCGGUCUGGAAAGUCAACUCUAUGGGUCUGCUACCGACAACGCGAUCAGAUUGGUUGGCUUGGGAAGCUCAGAGAGAGCCUUUGGAGUCCUCGGUUCCCGCUCUAUAGACGACGACAUGAAUCCAUGAAUCCACCGACUGAAGUCCGUCCAGAAUUGGUUUUCUUCUCAACACACAUCAUUUUGAACUGCUCUGAUACAUUGCAGCUCCUCCAGCCACUGCUCCUGUUGACGAUGUACCCCUGUUACCGUGGUCCAGCCACCCAUUGCUUGUACACGGAAUGUGCUUAAUCUGACCAACCGUAUUGUACGGCUCAUGAUCGGUGGGUUCAAUCAACCAAUACUGUAACGGACCGAGAACUCGCUCGUCCACAGUUUUUGGGCUGCAAGUCCCUUGGAUCCGCCCAGCUUCUCGUCUUCGGGUCCAAGGGCGAUCGAUGGCUACCAUGCCGGGGAGGGGCAUCGACAGAUUCUCACGUUUCUCAAAUGAUCCUUCUUGAACAACAGACCGAGAGCUUCCUCCGGUCCUUCUGGCUGGUGCAGGUGUCGAUGCUGUUACAACUGGUUGGCAUGCUGACUGAGUCGGCCGGUUCACAGGUGUUGCUGCUCCAAUGGUUUUGUUCUUGUUCAUGAUGGUCCAGAAGACUUUCAGCUUCAUUCUUGGCAGGGUUGGGACGGUAACUUACAUUCUGAUUUGAUGGGGUAUAUGCGGUUGGCAAUGCUGCUUUUCUGGGAUUGAAAUGCGAUUGUCCUCUCGAAGGGCCUGAAUCUCAUGCUUGUGCCGAUAAGGGAAGCUGUCGGUUCUUAUUCUUACACUGUCGAGGCGACGCCAUGCCUCCCUUCUGCAGAGGUCAAGCUCCUACUUCAUCCGACGCCAAGUACAUGUCCCGGGUCGGUUAAGACUUCACAAGUCAUCUGAGAAGCAUCCCGCCUGGCUAUGGCCGAUGGUAGCUCCCGAGGUAGAAUUCACAUGCGUGGAGCAGACCGAGACCCGUCAACAAGGCCACUUAUUGCAUCAAUAGCACUCUUUGACCAGCCAAUCACCAUGUCCACCUCACUGUAGGAGAUGUAUUUGAUACCCUGACAGCAAAAACUUCGAGAGAGGGGUCACUUAGGCUUGACAAACAAAGAGGCACGGAACGUAAGGGAUAGAUCAAUCGUGAACCUGAAGCUCGGAGUUUACCACCACAACUAUCCGACCAAGAGCCCGAUGGCAUCGCC